AGUCAGUCCUCAGUCCACGCCUCGCAUCCGCGAGCCUACCGUCCCCAUCCCCCACCUCCCCCUCGUACCUCCGGCCCCGAUCCGCCGCCGAUGGCCGGCCGCCACGCGCCACACCUCCGUCUGGCCGUGCCGCCGCGCCUCUCCGCGCACCCCUCCUUCCGUUUCCCCUCCACGCCCCUCCCCACCCCAUCAAAAGCUCGUGGCCACCCAUCGUCCUCCGCUUCGUCCUCCCCGUACGCCGCCGCGCUCCUCCGCCUCCUCGCGCUGCACGCGCUCUUCCUCCUCGCGCCCGCUGCGCGCGCGCUCCCCUCCCUCCCCCACGCGCUCGCGCUGCCCCCGCUCCUUGCGCUCCUCUCCGCCGCCGUGCUCCUCCUCCUCCACUUCGCCGCCGCCGCCGCCUCCUCCUCCUCCAAGAACCACCAGCCCCACCACCCGUUCCCGGCGCUCCCCACCCUCCUCCGCCCGACUCUCCUCCUCGCGCUAUCCCUCCUCCUCCGGCUCGUCUCCCUCCGCAUCCUCCCCUCCCCGGGCCUCCUCGUCCUCGCGGAGUGCACGGGCGCCCUGCUCGCUCGCGCGCUCCGCCGGCCCUCCCGCCGCCGCGUCAUCUCCGUCGCCGUAGCCGCCUUAUCGCUGGUUUGCAUAUCCCCACCCCCCUCCGUGGUCCUCUCGAUCCCCUUCGCCUCCGGUUUCCUCUCCUCCGCGGAGCACUCGGCCACCGCGCGGCAUGCCACCCGCAGUCGUCGCGCCCGCGCGGCGGCAUUUGCACUGGCCGCUGCCUUCCUCUCCGUGCCGGCACUUGUGGGCCUCUUCUUUCUCGGUGGCAGCGAUGUCGGCAAUGGCUAUAGCGAUGGAGCAGUGCCGAUCGGCCGGCUCUGGUGGCUGCUCCUUAACGCUGCCGUCUUUGGCAUGGCCUUGGGGCGACGGCAGGAGCACGACGGUGGCAGUGGCAGGCCAAGCAUGGAUUUUGUGACGACGUUCUUAUGCACUCUUGUCCUCGAGCUAGUGUAUUACCCCAAGAUGUCUUUGCCGGGUUUCUUGGUAUGUGGGUUCCUCUUGUGGAUUGCUAGCAGGGAGCUGGCCCCUGCAGGGUUUGUGGAGCUUGGGAGCGCAGAUGUCUCAGAGUCAGUGUACGAGGCAAUCAUGGGGCCAGUCAGGCAUAUCAUGAGUGAGCGGAAGUCGAGGAAGAUUGCUGCAUUUCUGCUGAUCAAUACAGCUUACAUGUUUGUGGAAUUCAGCAGUGGGUUCAUGAGUGAUAGUCUUGGCCUGAUCUCCGAUGCUUGCCAUAUGUUGUUUGAUUGUGCUGCGUUGGCCAUUGGUCUCUAUGCGUCCUACAUCGCGAGGUUGCCUGCGAAUGGAUUGUACAACUACGGAAGGGGCAGGUUUGAGGUGCUGUCAGGGUAUGUUAAUGCAGUGUUCUUGGUUCUUGUUGGGGUACUGAUCGUGUUGGAGUCAUUUGAGAGGAUCCUUGAGCCUCGGGAAAUAUCAACAAGCAGCCUUUUGACAGUUUCAAUCGGUGGACUUGUUGUAAACAUCAUCGGAUUGGUUUUCUUUCAUGAGGAGCACCAUCAUGCUCAUGGUGGUAGCUGUUCUCACUCCCAUUCGCAUUCGCAUUCUCAUUCCCACUCGCAUUCUCAUUCACAUCAUCAUGGCCAUGAAGAUCACCAACAUCAUGAUCAUGAUCAUGGGCAUCAGGGUGCUAAUCAUAUGAAGGAAUGUUGUGAGCAUUAUGGAGCUGUGAAUAAGAGCCAUCAGAAUGAUCACCACAGCAAUAGUAACAAUGGGGAGAGUAUUCAUAACAACCUCAUGGAUAACACCUGCAAAGAGAAAUGUAGCCAUUGCCACGGCCAUGAGCAUCAUCACCAUGACCAUUUGGAGCAUUGCCAUCAGAGUGGAGAUCAUGCUCAUCAAAAUUGCAGCAGUAUUAGUAUUGAGCAACAGCUUCUUGAGAUUCCUCUCCAAAAUAUGCAUUCUCACCGCUCAGAAGGUCACUCUUCAAAAGCAGAAUUGAGUUCAUCAGAAACUGGAGACCAUAAGAAAUCAGGAAACCGGCAUCACAUUGACCACAAUAUGGAAGGAAUCUUCUUGCAUGUCCUAGCUGACACAAUGGGAAGCGUCGGUGUUGUAAUAUCGACCUUACUGAUAAAGUACAAGGGAUGGCUUAUAGCGGACCCCAUAUGCUCAGUAUUCAUUUCAGUAAUGAUCGUCUCUUCUGUUCUUCCAUUGUUAAGGAAUUCUGCUGAAAUUUUGUUGCAAAGAGUCCCGAGGAGUCAUGAGAAGGACUUGGCAGUAGCUUUGGAUGGUGUUAUGAAGAUCGAGGGUGUCCUUGCAGUCGAUAAUGUUCAUGUAUGGAACUUAACAAAUACUGAUAUCGUAGGCACUUUUCACUUACAUGUAUCCGCAGAAGCUGACAAGUCUUCCAUAAGAAAUAGAGCUUCACAAAUAUUUCAUGAAGCUGGGGUUCAGGAUCUGACUAUCCAGAUCGAGUGUAUUAAAAGAUAGCAACAAUUGUUGAUAGUGUGAUAGGAUUUGAUAGAGAGAACAUUUUUAUGGCACUCCACCCAGGAGCCAUCUGCUUCAAAUGUGUCACGGAAAGAAAUUUGAUCUUUUUAUUUUAAAAUACAAAUAUGCAUCUUGUCAUUUAGGAAUUGCAUAGGCUUGAAGUUGACCAAUUUUGAGUUCAAAUGAUGUUUGGUGAAAUGAGAAAUCAUAACCUCGUCCUAAUCUGUAAUUGUGCUGAGUUUUGGUGAAUCUUUCAACUGAUACUGGUCCUUCUGUA